AUGUCCUCAAAUGAAUUAGUAUACGAACGACACAUGGCUCUAAUUCAUAAAACAGCACGAAAAUGGAAAUUUCUUCGACUCACAACCCUGGAAUUUAUCUUUGCCUUUUCCUUCAUUCUUAAUUUUAUCGUGGGUAAGUUGCUUCAUGUUUUCUCACAAAAGGAGGAAGUCUACAACUAUUACAAUGAUAAGGGCAACAUUUUCAAUCAGUGGUUUGUGAAAAAAGGUUGGGCGUGGACAACUGGAGCCAUAGCGCUAUUCUAUACUAUUGAGGUAUCGAAAUCCGGGUUUCGUUUAAAAGUGUUACGUGGUGCCGUUUUGAGAUGGCUUGUUGCUACUUGUUGGUGGUACCUCUUCACCCAAUGGUGCUUUGGACUUCCGAUAAUGGACAAGGUCUUUGUUCUCACGGGAGGGAAAUGUGCUUCCGUCUCCGCCGAGAAAUUGGCUCGUUUGACUGAGAGUCUUCACCUCUUCACAUUGGUGGAUGGAGUUUAUGAGUCUAGUGCAAUUUCAUCGUCCCAAUGUAGAAGAUUAAAAGGCUCAUGGGAAGGGGGACAUGAUCCACUGGGACAUGUUUUCCUCCUAGUACACUCGUCUCUUUACAUGUUUCAUGAAAUCAAACCAUUUUGGCCAGGCUGGAAAUCAUUGUACCGGAGUAUAAUUAGAUUUACCAGAAAUACCAAUAAGGACAACGUGAUGGCCAAAAGCAGAGCACUUGUGGUAUCAAAUCCAAGCAUUUUGGUUCUUGGUCUUCUUGGACUCUGGUGGUUUAUGUUGCUUAUGACCAACAUGUACUUUCAUUCUUUGGCUGAAAAGUUGGUGGGAUUGGUAUUUGGAUACAUAGCUGUUGCCGCUAUCUACUGGUUGCCUCGGUGGAUGUAA